AUGCACAAAUUAUUUAGGACCUUCCUGCGCGUUGUGAACGCCCGGGAGAAAAACAAGUUGGACGAGAGUGCCCUCUUGGAACUGAAAAAAUGGGGACGGGAAAAGGUCGUUCAGAAUGCCCAAGUGCUUGAGGAGUACCUGAACUAUCGCGAGGUGUUGAACGACUACACCAACUUUGUGAGCGCAAGUGAAGAUAAGAGUGAGGAAGACAAAAUUGAGAAGGUGGCAAACUAUGUGGGCCUUACAACGGCUACGGCCAAAGGGGACAAAAGUACUCAUGUGCAUACUUAA